AUGAAGCAAGCCAUGCGAGAGAGAUUGCGGCGUUGCCCGGAAAGGAUGGUGCUUGGUCCAAAUGAGAAGAGGCAACGUCUGGUGGACGUGGAAGAUGGACCUACCGAGCCAGGACCCACGACAGUCGAGAGUUUAACCCCAAUGGGGGACUCGACUACUCCCAAAACACUUACAGAGUCAGAACCUACGACGUUCGAGUGUGCAAAGCCGAUGCCAUUGGGGACGGAGGACGGGACCAUACCAGAUGAAAGGUUCUCAGCGUCCAGUAGUUACCCUUCGACCUGUUGCCCUGCCAAGGCUGCACGCCUCAACGGCAAUCUACGAUGGGCACCCGCGACCGACCCCGAUUCCUGGAUCGAGGUGGACUUGGGUGAGAGUACAGUGGUUUCUGGUGUCAUUACACAAGGAGACACGUACAGCAAUUUAUUCUACGUGACGAAUUACAAGGUGGCGUAUCAGAAGCAGCCCUCAUCUGACCUGUUACACGUGACAGAUGGAAAUGGAAACAUCAAGAUGUUUACUGCGAACACUGACAACACCACCCCGGUCACAAACCUGUUUGAUGAGAACGUGUUGGCCACGGUGGUGCGGAUUGAGCCUAUUGCCUGGAGUGGUGGGGUUCGUCUGCGAUUGGAGUUGCUCGGAUGUCGCCGUGAUUAA